AUGGCAAGUAGGUAUUUCAGAGAAGUGGCUGAACGUCUUAAGAUGGGCCAAUCAGUCGAUCCAGAAGGGUUCGACAGUGUGACAGUAUUUUUCUCGGAUGUGGUACAAUUCACGAUCCUUGCAGCAAAGUGCACUCCCUUUCAGGUCGUGAAUCUUCUGAACGAGCUUUACAGCAGUUUUGAUACCUUAAUCGAACAACACGGCGUGUACAAGCUUUUAGCGAUUUGGUCAGCUGUUCCCUUAGAUGAAUCAUUCUGUCGUAUGUUGCGAGUAGAAGAAUCCAUAGUUCAAAGCAUAUUCCACGAUAGUUCUCUGAAGCAAUCUUUCCUGUUGAAUCCAUCGGAGACGGCUAUCUUUGCGUAUCGGGGCUUGCCGGCUAGAAACGGGCACAGGCAUGUGAAGGAAAUUGUGGAAAUGUCCAUAAGCUUCAUGGAUUACGUCGAGCAAUUUAAAGUGGUCCCAUUUCCCAAAGGAGAAGAUUCAAUUGAGGAUUGGAGUCAACAGUGUUGCCAAUGUAGCGAAUUUAUUGGUUCGUGCGUUGCUGGAGUAGUCGGUCUGAGCAUGCCACGUUACUGCCUUUUCGGUGAUACGGUAAAUACAGCGUCGAGGAUGGAGAGCAAUGGCAAACCUGGAAAGAUCCAUGUCAGCGAAAGCACCUUCACAAUGUUACAGCAGCAUUACUAUGGAGAAUUUAUUUUGGAGAGCCGUGGUGAAAUAAUUAUCAAGGGGAAAAGGCGUGAUGAAAACAUUUUGGUUGAAUGGACGAAGAUCGCACACACAUCGCGAGCACAAGGUUCUCCAAGAAGAAAGAAAUAA